AUGACCAUCUUCGACGACCUGCCCGAGUGGCUUGUCAUCGAUGAGAUCCUUGCCCGGUUGCGACCCAAAGAUGUGCUCCGCUGCCGUGCUGUCCGCAAGUCGUGGCACAGUGGCACUUCCACCAACGCGUUCAUCCUCGACCAUCACCGACGCCAGCCGUCGCUCCCCAUCAUCGAACAACGACGAAAGGGCUUCUGCCACAUGGCCGGAGCCUCUAAUGGUCAAAAGAUAUGGCCCGUCCUCCGUUACGCUGUUACAAAACCCGUUGUUAUACACCGCGCCUGCGACGGCCUCCUCAUCCUGGGGCAGCAAUCUGAUUUCUACAUCUGCAAUCCAACCACCCGCAAGUGUGCUUCCCUGCCACAUCCUCCACAACGACCAGGCGUCAGCGUCAUUGCCGUAGUCGCCUUCUACCGGCACCACACAUCUAGAGAAUACCGGGUUCUCUGGGUGUCAUACUCCAGACCGAUCAGCUCUGGUGUCCCAGUGCAGUCACCUGAGUACUUCGUCCUCACGGUGGGAUCAAAUCAGCCAAGAUGCAUCGAGUGGCCGACAGUUUCACAACACACGCUUCAUGUCACCCAGUCCCCCUACUGUCCACCAGUCCACCAUCGUGGUAGCUUGCACUGGGCAUUUGGCCUCAACUUGACUGUAUUUGACAGCGUAGCUGAGACAUUCCGGCAGAUGAGCCGCCCAAUAGAGUUGGGUGCUUUGGUGUCAUUGUUGGACAUGGGUGGAUCCCUUGCUUUGUGGCACACCACCUGUGAUAGCAUCACUUUCGAUAUUUGGGUGUUGCAGGACUAUGAUGCUGAGACAUGGGGCUUUCAGUACCGGAUUAGCUUGUUUACGAUGGAGGCAUCACCACCGCUUAAUUUGGGGGUGAUAUAUCGCCCUAGUAUGGCUGUGAUCAAUGAGCAUGAGCUGUUGAUUGAGCAGCGUCCUGACCGUCUAUUGCAUUGCGACACUGAUGGUGUGUUUUUAGGAAAUGUGGAAAGUGAAGAACAUGGAAACCAGCUGAUACUUACCAGACAUCGUUUCCAAGAGAGCAUGAUUUCACUUCCAUUGUUUGAGACACAAGAAGACGAUGAUGUGAAGGAGCCUCCAUUCCUCAUAGUGCUAUAA